AUGGAAAUUUUGUUGAAUCUAGAAUCUGACACAUCUCACUAUCAUAUAAGAAGCUUACGACAGCUGCAUGACACUGUGGAAUCUAAUGUGAGAAGCUCAAAGUCAUUACAAGUUUCACGUGAAUCGCAUGGUGUUUUGCUGUCAUCCAUCUUGAUGAACAAACUGCCUCAGGAAGUUCGUCUUGUUGUUACGGGAGAAAUAGGAGAUGAUGACUGGCCAUUCGAUGAGCUGCUUGAUAUUUUCAAGAGGGAACUUGAGGCGAGAGAAGGGCUGGAAAGUCAAUGGUGAACAAGGGCCAAAACUGAAACGCAAGGAAGAUGGGACAACAGGUGCUUUUUUUCAUCGGUGGUCACACUAACUUCAACCUCUUUCUCAGGUUCUCUCUCCUACCCGUCGAGGGACCCUGGUUGGGUCUGGUCACUUGUCUCCAAGAAUCUGGGAAAUUACAAACAAACGAUUGGGGGAGGGAGGGCAGACAAAUGUGAGAUUGUCUCUGCAGAGCAUGGAUGGGAAGUGAAGCCAUCAUACUGUGUACCUGACCUUGUCUUGAAUAAAGGUCGUGACUAGUCAAGACAAAACAGCGAACGCCAAAAAUAAUGCACAAAAUCAUUUGGCAGCGAAAGCGUAUUGAACUUCAGAAUAUCUUGAUGUCAAUCUAUCGGGGAUGCUUUCUUCUCCACAUACUGGCACAUGCAGAGGAAAUCGCGCGUUCACUGCUUGUGCAGUCAAAAAUAAUUUAGCAGUGGCAUUCAUACCGAUCAAAAAGCACAGAAUUUGAAUUGCUAUUUCUAUGUUGUGGAGGCCAUAUUAGAAAACAAAUGAAUGUGAAGGGCGCUACAAAGAUGUAUCAAGUGUCACAGACCCCGAAAAUGAAUUAGGCUUAAAUAGCAAGGUUGAAGCAACAGUAAGAGAGAAUACACAACCAGACACAGCUUAAUUUUUCCAAUGAUAAGAGGCAAACAGAAUCUUGAAAGAGUAUAUGUUUAUCUAUGGCUCUGUCUUUUUGGGCUUUUUCAUCGUCGUUUUAAAGAACCGUUGAGCAGAAAUUUCGCAUGGUUUCAGUUAUAGUUGUAAGGUUAGACAAUCUAUCGUGCGGACCCUUACGAUCAUUCAGGGUGCGACAAAACCGUAUCCAUUUGCCCCAGACAAGUGGGUCAUCAACCUUACUUGUCCUUUGGACAAGUAAAUCCUCGGGAAAUAACUUUAUUUUAAAUGAAAAGGUGCUUUUUAAAACACGCUUUAGCGAAACAUUAUGUCUACAGCCACGUUUUCUCAAGCAUAAAACAAUUCACUUUUCAUGAAAGCAACUAACAAGUUAGAAAUGAAAAGAGAUGAGCACUGAUGAAAGUGAGUUACGAUCUAUCCGCUAUUUUAUUUCACUGUGCACUGAAAGGGGACUGGGACUCUUGGGGGAUAGACGUUUGCAUUUCUUAAUAGACCCUCUAGGCAAAUGUUAGCUCAUACAGUCUAUUUUGGUGCACCAACAAAGCAGCCGAAGAGGUUGUUGAGAAGAAACAUUUUGACGGCCCAAUGGUAUGAGUUCGAAAGUUUCAGGAAUCUUGGAAAAAACCUUCCCCGAGGUAGUACACAAUGAGAAAGACAACACAAUAUAUAAGCAUGCAACUACUUGUAUGAGUACUUUAUUGACACUUAAACUGCUGUUUGUUUUAUCUGAGUUCCAACUAUGUCAGUCUGCAGUCUGCAAUCUGCAGUCUGCAUUUUCUCCGGAUUUUGUGAGUAAAGAGUAUUACGACCUUGUCAAGUUUCAGAAACAAGCUGAAGAUAGGAUAUCUGCCAUGGAGAAAUCUUUGGCUAUCAUAUCAUCUAGAGUUAAUAAUCUUGCUUGGGUAAUCGAUCAAGCCCAGGAUUACAGUUAUUAUUAUAAUGUCAAACUUGUUGGUGUUCCGGACAUUAAGCCACGUGAAAAUGACUAA